CGAGAUUGAAGCCGGUUCGGAUUUUAGAUUUUAUUUAAAUUGAAUGUGGCGUUUUCGCGAAACUAAAGAAUUUCCUGAAUUAUAUAGAAUUUAAAUAAUUAAAUAAUUUAUUCAAAGUGACAGUGCUAUAUGUAUGGUAAUUACCAACAUGGAACAAAGUAAAGAAAACAACAAUGCAACGAGACAAACAAUUCCGACAAAAAUUUACGACGCUAGACCACACUCGCAAAUGAACUACAAUAUGAGUGGUGGAAACCAUCCAGAUAACAAUCACAAUCUCUUCCAAAUGAUCAAGUGCCACGAAGACAGUCUACUUAGACUACAUCACUUAACCGCAGGACGACAAAACGGCACAUACGAUAAUAACUAUCAAAACGAUCUAUCAUGGUACUCUAAAGACCUUCAACGCCCGUAUAUAAAACCCGUAGAUUACAUUUCAUAUGAAAAUGUAAGACGGAAAUAUGAUGAAAGCAAGAUUGUCAAAGAAAAGGAUACACAGAAAGAGUCUGAAGAAGAAAGGGACGGGAAAACUGACGAAAGAAAGAAGCCAAGAAGAAAUAGGACGACCUUUACAAGUCAACAGUUGGCCGCUUUAGAAAAAGUGUUUGAGAAGACACAUUAUCCUGAUGCGUUUGUUAGAGAAGAUUUGGCAGCACGUGUUAACCUAACUGAAGCAAGAGUUCAGGUUUGGUUCCAAAAUAGGCGAGCGAAAUUUCGUCGUAAUGAACGGUCCGCUUUGUCCUCUCAUCGAAAUUCUACAAGCCAAAACUCACCCGAACCUAUACCUGUGCCAAUUGGUAUUACGCAUCAAACUGACCCUAGGCAAGACUAUACAAGAAACGCUAAAGAACCAUGGCUUCACCAUUUUCAAACGAAUAAUUUAAACUUUAAUCUUGGUAUUCCUUUAACAAAUACCGGUUUAUACCAAAACGAUUAUUCAUUAAUGAUGCAAAACGUCGGAAAUCGACAGUAUAUACCAAAUUCUAAUACAUUAAUGUCACAAAAUGUUUCAAAUUAUGGUGGAUCAACAGAAAAUAGUUAUGGGUCUUGCGCUUUGAUAGGAAGUUACAGCAAUCCAUUGCAACCGUCUCAUCAUAGUUCAUACAAUUUAAAUUUAAGAUUACGACCGCACGAUUUUACAAUUAAUAAUAUAACGUUGUAAGAAAAGAUGCAUAACUCUUUAUGACCCACGUUUAAAUUCAUAUUAUAAUAGUGAUUUUUCAUCUUUUACGAUGGAUAUUUGAUAACUUUAUCGAUGACCAAGAAGUAACUGUUAAUAAUUUAUUUAUCGUUCUCUAAUUUACACUAACGGUGGAUAAUUAAUUAGAAAGUUCGGUAAGUUGUCUGACCCAUAUAAGAUCGGGAUUUUCUUAAUGUUUGAUUAGGCCAAUUAAUUCGAGGGCUCGUUCUUUUGAUGUAAAAUUUUAUAACAUCUUUAUAUGUAAAUAAAUCUAAAUAAUUAUAAAAAUUCCAGUAAUAAAAGUUCUUUGUGAUAAAACAUUAGACUCAAUUAUUAUUAAAAAGUGGCUUACA